AUGGGUAGUCAACAAAUAAUCACGGUUACUCAUAAUAUUGAUAAAGAGAUUUCCGACGUUGGACAUGUUCAAGUGGAUGGAGGUCUGGUGGAAACAUCGGGAAGAAGAGCGGCUUCCGUAGGCUCCUUGGCAGCUCCGGGACGAGGCGAAGGUGCCUGCGGGUCGGUUCAGGGCCGAGAGGCACAAAGUCAAGGAGGCCUCCGCCGCUUCACAAACUACAUCAAACUCUCCUUGGCAAGAGCCGGUGAAACAUGGGAUCCCAGGCGGCAGCCGUGCGAGGCGGAUCCGGGCUUGCUGGCUCGGCCGAGGACUUGCACCGUGGAGACCACCCCCUCCCCGGGGACUCCGUGGCUACCACCAUUUACCGCAGAGGUUGAGGAGACACAAACGAGGAAAGCGCCCGAAGGGGGCACACAGGUCGGAGCCCAACCCAGCAGCGCGGGUUCCCGGCGAGGACCGGAGCGCCCCCUCCACCCAGGGCAUCGCCCCUUGCUCUGGCGGGGGUCACCCCUCACCCAGGGACGCCCCUCCCCGUCGGGCUCUACUCUGUUUCCCUACGCCUCUCGGCCACACUGCCUGGGUACUUGUGGAGCUCAGUCGGCGGUUCGCAGCCUCGGCCUGCCUCCGAUCGCGGCCUUCAGAAUUUGGCGCGCGGCCCGCCGCCGGUGCCCAGUCCGUAGCGCCAGGGCGCACGGAGACUCGGCGGCUCUGCAGCGGCCGAGACCCGGAGCGCGCAGCCCGCUCCCGGCGGCCCGGCGCGCGCUCGCUCGCGCCUUCCCCGGCGCGGGCACUGGGCAUGCGCGGCGCGCGGCUGGCGGCGGCCGCGAGCGAGCUGCAGCUCCAGACUCCAGCGGCAGCGACGAGGCCGGCGCUGUGCUCGCCGCGGAGAUCGCUUCUCUCCGGCUGGGCGCGGAAGGCGGCUGUGCAGUGCGCCAGGCGGCAGGCAGGCGGGCGGGCGGGGUGGGGUUUUUCUUGCCGGCCGACUCCCACCUCGCCUGGGCUGACGGCGCCUCCGGGAACACUCGCGGCUUCGAGGAUACCUUAUCAUAGUCCUCACUGGACAGAAGUGGAAACAUAAGAAUUGGACCUGUUUUUUCUUCUUUGAGCACCAGUAGGACAGGGUCAUCUUGUUUCUGAGAACUUGGAAAACAAUAAAGAGUAGGAAGAAGAAGAGGAAGAAGCAGCAGAGAAGGAAAGCAAGCCAAAGGCUUGGCCUUUUUUAGGACUACAUGUAUGUACAAGGAGAGACUUAAAGAUGUUGUUCAUCUGUAAGUGAAUUGCCAUUUAAAAUCCAUUUACAGCAUUUUCAGUUAUUAACUGAAUAAUUUAUAGUUAUUAAUCUGCUUAUAUUAUUUUUACAUUCCUUGCUGUGGAAAUAAGCCUAGUUUUGAAUGUUUCCUUUUUCUCAUUUUCAGCCAUUCAUCUAUAUACGUUGACAUAUGUGGUAUGGUGCUUGGUAAAACAAAAUGGGUGUUUCUUCUGUCUUCAUUAAUUUUUGUUUGUUUGUUUGGUCUUCUUUAAAAAAUUAAAUCUUAAAAAGAUAUUUUUUUGUUUGAAGGGGAGAGACUCUUUCACUCCCCAAAUGCCCACAGUUGUUGGAGCUGGGCUGAGGCUGGGCUGGAGCAGAGCCAGGAACUCAGUCCUAGUCUCCUACGUGUGAGUGGCAGAGACUCAAUUACUUGAGCCAUCCCUGCUGCCUCCCAGGGUUUGCACUGGUAGGAUGCUGGAGUCAGGAGCGAGAGCAGGGGACAUCUUAACUGCUAGACUAAACACCUGCUGUUUUUCUUUUUUAAUUUCCUUUAUUUCUGUUGGUAUUCUUCUUCUACCCACCAAGCACAUGUCUUCUUAUCUCUUUGGGCUGAAUCUUUUUUUGCAUAUCUUCCUAUUCUGUUAAAGGUGCUAGGACUAUAUUUGGAAUUAAUGUAUUGUCCUCCCCCCGCCAAGUCACUAUGUUUUGGGCAAGAAAUACUGCUCAUAUAGUAGUAAAAUUACCUUCUAUCUUCGUAUACUCUACUAUUUAGUUAUUUCCCCAUUCCAAUGUGGUGGUUGUUACUGUGCAGUGAGAUAGUCUGGUGAUCUUUUAUCUAAAGUUGCAGCUAUUAUCUCUAUAUUUUAGUUUAGAAAAAAUAUGUUUUUCUCAUGCAAUUUACUAUUCAGUUCCUUGCUUGUUGACCAAUGCGGCUGCAUUAGGGGCCUUUAAUGAUGACUGGCAACACGCCCUUUAGUCCUCAGAGCUAGGGCAACAGUUUUAAUUCUCCUGAUAUCUACUUAGCCUGUAAAUUAUUGCUUGGCUGAAUCAUCUGGCAACCACUUUUGUACUUUUUAUACUAUUGCAAGUCAUUUGAGAAAUGUUUGAGAAAUGUUUGUUACUUAGUAAACAACUUAUUUAGUUAUGCCUAGGAAGCACUUUGUUGGCUUCCACAAAAAACGGUGGUGAAGCCCAGAGAAACAGGUGUAGGGGACCUUCACCAAUUACUUUUCUUUGAAGGUUUUUAUUUAAUUGAUUCAAAUUUCUUAUGUAUAGCUUUUAGGAAUAUAGUAGUUCUUCCCCCCAUUCUUGCCCUCCCACCCCCACUCCCAUCCUACCUCCUACUCCCUCUUCCAUUCCAUUCUUCAUUAAGAUUCAUUUUAAUUGACAUUAUAGACAGAAGGCCAACUCCAUACUAAGUAGAGAGUUCAACAGUUUUUACCCACACAGACACACAAAGUAUAAAGUACAGUUUGAAGAUAAGUUUUACUGUUAAUUCUCAUAGAACACCUCAUUAAGGACAGAGGUCCAACAUCGGGAGUAAGUGCACAGUGACUCCUGUUGUUGAUUUAGUAGUUAACACUCUUAUUUCUAAAGUCAGUGACCACCUGAGGCUCUUUUUUUUUGAACAGGCAGAGUUUGACAGUGAGAGAGAGAGACAGAGAGAGAAAAGUCUUCCUUCUGUUGGUUCACCCCUAAAAUGGCCACUACGGCUGGCGCACUGCAAUGAUCCGAAGCCAGGAGCUAGGUGCUUCCUCCUGGUCUCCCAUGUGAGUUCAGGGCCCAAGCACUUGGGCCAUCCUACACUGCCUUCCCGGGCCACAGCAGAGCUGGACUGGAAGAGGAGAAACUGGGACAGAAUCUGGUGCCCCAACCGGGACUAGAACGUGGAGUACUGGCGCCAAAGGCGGAGGAUUAGCUUAGUGAGCCGUGGCACCGGCCACCUGAGGCUCUUGACAUGAGCUGCCAGGGCUAUGGAAGCAUUUUGAGUCUGCAAACUCAGGGCCACAUGCAAAGUGGAAGUUCUCUCCUCCCUUCAGAGAAAAGUACAUCCUUCUUUGAUGGUCCCUUCUUUCCUCUGGGGUCUCACUCACAGAGAUCCUUCAUGCAGAACAGUUUUUGCCACUAUGUAUUGGCUUUCCAUGCCUGAAAUGUUCUCAUGGUAUUUUCAGUCAGAUCUUCAUGCCUUUUGGGUUGAUUCUGAGGUCAGAGUGCUAUUUAGGGCAUUUGUCAUUCUAUGAGUCUGCUGUGUGGACUGCUUCCCAUGUUUCACCAAUUCCUUUUUUAUGUACAUAGUGAAUGUGGGGUGUGGGAGAAGGGCCUAGUUUUAUCAUCUUCAUCAUCUAACACUCAUAUGGUCUGAAGCAUUACCCCCGAGCCUGAAAUGUCAGAUUUGUAAAACCAGCACAGUGUUUCCUACAUCGUGAUUUGUUAGGAUUAAACAUGAUAGCAUAUAGAAAGCACCUGGUGUGGACAGGGGCACAGUAAGUGCUCAGGGAAUGAGUGUCAUUGCUGACUUUGCCUCCCCUUUAUUGUCACCACUGUUGUGAUUAUGUAGCAAAGUCUAAAGGUGGUUUUGAGCAGAUGGGCUCCCUCAGAAUGGAAUCUGGUGUUGGUAAACGGCUGUUAUUGAAGUAGAUCACUAAGAUAAUUCAUCUUAGUUAAGAUGUAAAAGUCAAGACUCAGAGAUGCAGCAACCUGAUUGACCAAGAUUACUGCAGACUUAGGAAAUGGGUUAAUUGGUCACUAAUGAGCUGUGUUUUUUGGACUACUGUUUGAUUUUAUGAAACACACAGUUCAACUUUAGACUUACCUGUUUUCCAGAAGUAGGUAGUUAUAUUUAAACUCUUUUUCUUUUCAAACAAAAAGCAAUAACCAUUUUAAAAGAAAGAAGUCUAUCUUUUCAAUUUGUGUUUAUUUUGUUUGGAUAAGGUGACAAAAAUCACUCUAAAAUCAGGUCUUAAAAAACAAGUAUAUAUAGUGAUUAAUCAUCCAACUUCCUUUGGGGACACAUACACACACACACACACACACACACACACAGAUUUUAUCUUCUUUCAUUUCAAAAUAUGAGUGUACAAGCUACAGGAGUUGAAUAACAACACAUUGAAUGUAUUUUUGCUGGAAGUUACAGGGAUGAUUGAAAUUACUUUUGCGUGAAAACUAAAUGAAAUCUUUUUAUGUGAGAAUACUAGGAAGUGUUUUCCAUUGAGAAAAUAUUUUAGCUCUUUAAUUUUCAGCAUUUAGUUCAUAUGAGGUAUAAGAACCCUGACUCAGUCAAAGUUUUUAAUCAUACAAAACUUAUUUAAAAUCAUAUAUUCUGAAUAUAAUACUUCAAAGUCCUUUAAAAAGAGUAGACAUUUCCAAGUUUGUGAGCUUGUGAGGAUUCUGUUUAGGAGAUAUGGCUAAACCAGCUAAGAAUCUUGGUAAGAGUUGCCUAGAGUGUUUUGAUUAUUCUAUCCAAAAAGGAUUAUUUCUAUCAUUUAAACACAGAACACAGGCCUUUAAGACACUAAAAUAUGUACAUAUAGGUGAGAUUCCAAGAUGGCAGAUUACAGAAUAACAUACUGCACUAGCCAGGCUAUAGUAAAAAAAAAAAAAAAAAAAAAAAAAAA